GGUGGGGUGAGAGGGGUUUGCUAGUUUGCAUGGAGGAUCUUGUGCCGCAGCAUCACUUGUGACUCUGAGAUUACAGCAGCUGCUUUUGCUGUUUUGUGAUUUUUGGGGGGUUGUUUUUGCCCUAGCUGAGUGGGAGCCUCUCCGCGGGGGGGCGCUGCUGUUGCCAAAGUUUUCUUUGCAGGCACUGGGGAGCUUGGACGGUCUGGCUGGGACCGGUGUGUGCAAGGCUAGCGUUCCCCGGAGCAGACCCGUCUAGUGCUCUGGCCUCUGCUGCUAGAAGAGUUUCAUUGCUCUCCAUGCCCUGUGUCAGCUGAGCGGAUGGGGGGAUAUCUGAGGCUGUGAGUCAUUUAUGUGUUACCAGUUUCCAAAAGACCGUGGCCCACAAGUUCAGGUAUGUCUUAAUUUUUGGGUGCACUGGGCACCAAACUCUUCUCCUCCUUCUUUAGUCCCCCAGAGCACACAAAAUCAGCAACACUUUUUGAAAAUGUGGUUGCAUAUCCCAUUGCAGAAGUGCUUCCAUCUUGUAAAUUUGCCAUCAGGGCGUGUGAUCUCAUCUCUAGCCCACAUGUGGGAGGUUAAUAUAUUAGCAGAGUUACUUGAAUGCUAUGUUAAAACUCAACCAGUAUUUUGAUUUUGUUUUGCACUGAAAUGUAUAUCUAUAUAUCUCAAAUCUAAGCUAGAUGGAAUCUUCUUAAACUCUCCAAUUUCUCAGCCUACUUUGUUUUCUUAAUUGUAUUCCUGGUAAUGUAUUUGUGAGUAUUAAAAGUAUCAAGAGCGUGCAGUGGAGAGACUGGCUGUGGAGGUGGAAUCAUACAUUAUUCUUGAGAUGGGGGAAAUUCAAGCUUCAUUCCGUCUCUUGUGGCUCUGGAUAAGCUGUUUGAUAUCUAGGCCCCUGGCUGUAGAAUGGCUGCCUCUUUCCGCUAUGGAGUGACCAUCACUGGAGCUAUCCUGCUGGUGACAGGAACGCUUUGUUUUGCCUGGUGGAGCGAUGGCGAGGUGGGACCCACGUCUAAUAAUGAUGCUAUGGCUGUGCCUCAUGGAGAAGCCAAAGUGGUGCCAAACUCCUCCUCCUCUAAUGCACUGCUCAGGUCUGUCAGCUUCUUCUGCUGUGGCAUUGGUGGCUUCCUCCUCCUCUUUGGGCUUCUGUGGUCAGUGAAAGCAAACGCUCGGGGGAUGUCUCGACACUAUCAGUACCACUUCUCCAGAGACCUACACUACUUCACUGUGGAACCUCUUGAUAAAAGGACGUGCAGUGUCUGGGAUGCCAAUGCUGUCCCCACCUAUGAAGAAGCCCUGAACUGCAGGCCUGCUCAGAGUACCCUAAAUUAUAUACCGCCUUAUGGCGGGAAGGAGGAGACUUCACCCCCUCUAUAUGGAGACUUAGAUGAGGAUGAUACGUGGCCAGGUUGUCGCAGACGCAGCUCCUCAGACAGUGUGCUGCUCAGGACCGUGCCAUCCAGGAGGGAAACAGAGUCCUGGGGCGAGCCCAGUGCUACACCACCGCCCAGCUAUGAAGACAUCAGUGUUCAUGGUGUAUGAUCUACGAACCACAUACAAUGCGUUGGACUCUAUAGAUUGCUGCCUAGUCUGUAUGCUUUGGAGCCGGCCCUUUCCUUCUCUAAAUAAUGAUCAUGAAGUGAGAGGGGAAACAUAGAUCAGCUAUUCAGAUCAAAAUGGCUGUUCUGUCUUUUCUAGGAGUAAAUCCAGAAUAAUUACAGUAAAUCCAGAUAAGCUCCAUGCUGCCAUUUUCUGAGUUGUGUGGAUAAUCAGUAUGUUUUAAAGCUUUCAUAUUUUUAAUACAAUCACUGAUGAUUGAAAAUAUUUGACAGGUAGCAGGACAGAGGAGAAAAUAUUUUUGAGUACAUAGGAUGCCUGUUGAAAUGCACAGGGAAAUCUUUACUAGAGAGAUCCAGCCAAGCCUAGCAUCUUAGGGUAACAUUUUCAUAACAGCCUGGUGACUUAGGUGCCUAAGUGCCAUCUUAAGAAAUGAUUUGGUCACUAAGGAGGCUAAGCUGCAUUGCCGCUCAAUGACACCAGCUAAGAUUCUCAGUAGUGAUUUUUGGGUGCCCAGCAUGAGGCACCUUAAAGGGGUUUGAUUUUCAGACAGUGCUGAGCACCUCGCCUCUGAAAAACAGGCUCUUAAGGAGCCUCAAGUUGAGCACCACAAACUUGAGACAUCCCAAAUCACCAGUUUCUUUUGAAAAUCUUGGCCUUAGUUCCUAGGUGCUGAAUGUACUUUUGACGUUUCCCUAAGUCACCAGGGACCGAGGUUGCUCUGGUAGAUAAGAGCGCUGGGGCUUAAGCCUUACCCAACCAUUGAUCAUGAGCUGAAGUGCUCAGCACCUCUGAGAGAGAGAGAGUGAGAGACUGUGUGUGUGUGUGUGUGUGUGUGUGUGUGUAAAAUGUGCUGACUUCAAUAGAUUGUUCCCCAGGAGCAAAAAGAAACCAGCUUCCCUGUUCUGUGAGCCACGCAAGACAAAACUCUCCCAAAUAAUGUUUUGUGGGGAAUCCUUGAUACUAAUUAGCUACGGAGUUGAGGGCAGUGCUUUAUAAUCUGAGUGGUUUGUAUUCAGCCUGCUGUCCCUCUAAAUCAGUCACUUUGCUGCUGUCUCAUGGAAAACCCAAGUGUCUUGGUGUUUCAGUCCCUCCAGAAACAGCUGUGGGUCACACUCCUGGUGAUUGCAGGAGAGUGGGGGAAGGAUAGCGUUGUCGCUGUCAUGGAUGGCAGUGAUGACUAGCCAGCGUACUCUGUGACUGCCAUUCGCCAUACACACGGAUACAAAUGUAGGAAGUGCAGAGUUCUCACUGUCGUGGGAAAUCACACACAAGGCAGCAGGAGAUAGCAAUCCGGUAAAAUCACCAUGGUGAUGCCCAUAUCAAAGCAUUAACAGGAGGGAAGCAAUCAAGCAGCUUCAGGGAAUCAAAAUUUAUGGCCAUUUUAGAGCGAGACUAAGCUAGCUCCUCAGACAGUGUAAAUUCGCAGAGUGCCAUGGCCACAGAAGAACUACGCUGAUUACACCAGCUAAGAAUCUGUCCCCCAGCCUUUGGAGUGUUGCCUCUUUAGCUGAAAGUCUGCUACUUAGC